UCCGGUAAUUAUUGAGUUAGAAAAAGGUGCCAAAAUGGUACUUCGGGCUAUCCUCGAGGGAUUAACGGUCAUUUUGGUGCUAUUAGUGGUGAAUGGUGUGGUGAAUUUUAGUGUUUGUAGCGGAUUUUCUGAAUUAGAUCUCGAAACCCGUCCACAUGAAACGAUUGACGAAUGGUUCGAUCAGGUAAACUUGCAGUACUUGCAGUUGAAUCGUUACUCCGCUUAUUACAUGUGGGAGCUGAGUACGAAUCCAACAACAAAGAUAAAUGAUGAAGCUUCCUUAUUCGGCGGAAUACGAUCACGGUGGAUAACUCGUAGAUGUAAUGAAGCCACAUCAAUGAUACCGGACAUGACAAGGAUCCAAAAAAGGAUGGUGAAAAUUUUGUGCCGCGGACCAAAGUAUACGAACUAUCAAGGAAGUGAGUUAUCAGAAAUUUUGGGUCGAAUAGAAGCGAUCUACACUGAAGCAGAAAUAUGCCUACCUAAGACCUUCGAUAUCUGCGUAAAUUACAAUCGCAUUUGGGACUACACUUACGUACGAAACCCUUCGAGGGAAUUCAUACCCUUAAACAUGUCAGCGAUUGUUAAGGAUCGCCUUGAAGAUGCCAAUCCCCUGCACUUCUUCGAUGGAAAGAUAUCACACGACUACUAUGUCUUCCGUGGAGUUUCAGAUGGUCAAAUCGAUGAUGAGGACAUAACAGAUUACAAAAUUCGGCGGUCCCAGAUGCUCUGUAUGGGGAUCGAACCAGAAUUGGAGAACUUAAUGACAGGAAACUUCGUAGCUCUUCAACGUCCGGAUUGCGCCCUGCCUCCUGACAUAAUUUUCAGGUGGGCUUGGGAAGCAUGGCGACUAGCAGUUGGACCGGAGAUUGCAAAAUAUUACCCAAGUGCUGUGUACAUAAUGAAUCUAGGAGCUAAUAAUAAUGGGUAUAGCGACAUUGGCGAGGCAUGGAGGGAUGAACUGGAAAUGGGAGAUCUACGGGAUACAGUUGACAAAUUGUGGAGCGAGUUGAAACCAUAUUACGAAAUAGUUCACGCCGUGUUUAGAAAUGCUCUUUGGAUUAAAUAUGAAGAUAACGAUGAAGUCACCAGGGAUGGCCCGCUGCCCGCACAUCUUAUGGGAAACAUGUGGUCACAGGAUUGGUCAGCAUAUCAGAAACUACUAGUUCCAUUAUCCGAUUUUGAUCUGGAUGACAACUUAAGGAAAACGAACUGGACCAGCAAGGAUAUGACAAAAAGAGCUGAUGACUUCUAUUCUUCCAUGGGAUUGAACCCUAUGCCGGAGAAAUUUUGGAAGUUCUCUCAAUUUGAUAAAUCAUCCAAUACGACAAAAUGUCACGGGAGUGCAGCCAACAUGUUCAAUGGAGAUGAUUAUCGAAUGAUAGUUUGUGCUGAACGAACGUUUGACGACUUCUACACUAUAAUCCAUGAAAUGGGUCAUCUUCAGUACUACAUGCAUUCCAAUGCCCACCAACCAGCGCUGUUUCAAGAUGCACCUAACUCAGCACUAAGCGAAUCAAUAGGCGACGCAAUCUUCCUCGCAAUGAUGACACCAUCACACUUGAAUCGUCUAGGACUUCUUCCAGAUAAGCAUCUGUUUGCCGACAAUCAAAAAAAUUUCGAUCAACGAGAAAUGAGAUUAGUCCAUGAACCUGAAUAUAAGUCAGAUUUCGUUAAAAUACCAACAAAGCGAAAUAUCCUUGAAGAUUUUGUGGCGGAUCCAAGCGAAGUGGACAAAACUAAAGAGAAUAGUGCAGAGUCCUACCCUGGAAACUCGCUGGAAGAGAAUGUUUAUGGAAACUUCGGAUUACAAAAUGAUGACAUAGUUGAUCCCGAUGGAAAUCCGGGAGUGGCUAAGCAAGUGAUAAAUGUUUUUGACUUAACUUUACUAUUGAAAGUGGCACUAUCCAAAAUCCCGCAAAUUCCAUUUGAGUACAUUCUGGACGUGUUUCGAUGGAGUCUAUUUGAUGGCAGUGUAUCGUUUCGGAAAGCCAAUACAUUUUUCUGGAAACUAAUUUUAGAGGAGCAAGGAAUAAAACCGCCUAAUUGGGAGAACAGAUCGAAACUUUUUGAUGCCGCUGCGAAAUUCCAUAUCGCUGAUAAUACGCCAUAUGUAAGAUACUUCCUAGCAAGCAUAUUGCAAGUGCAAAUAUUCAAAGGACUUUGCGAAAUGACGGUUUUCGGACGAGUUAAUACUGAGCAAAACUUACCAUUACCGCUGCAUAGAUGUGACAUAUACGGUUCUAAACGAGCUGGAAAAGUUUUAAAGAAAGCCUUGAAAUUGGGUGCUUCGAAACAUUGGUCCGAGGUCCUCUACAUUUUAACUGGCAAACGUGAAGUUUCCGUCGAACCAUUCAUCGAAUAUUACCAACCUCUAUUCCAAUCCAUGAAGAAGCUUAUAAAGGACUUUGAAAUCCCUGUUGGCUGGUAACGAGUCAAAACGAGCAAGAAACGACGAAAUGGA